CCACACGGGAGCGAGCACGGCGCAGAGCCAUGGUGACAGCUCCUCCGGCAGGAUAUUCAUCUCAUCUGCGGACGUUUCGAUGCAGGAUAACCUUCCGAUAGUCACACUGAAUAUAUUUUAACAAGAUGUCAUCCUCCAGCAAAGGCUAUUUCUGAGACGAGACUUGGAUUUUUUGCACCAGAUGGAGUGGGAUUCAUCGGAUGACGGUCUUGGAGGAUCAAUGGAGGCCCUCCCUUACUUAUCUGAGUCUUCUCAGUCGAUGCCCUCCACCACCAACAUCUCAGAACAUGAGUUCUCGUGCCACUGUUGCUACGACAUCUUAGUGAACCCCACCACGUUGACGUGCGGCCAUAACUUCUGCCGCCACUGUCUGGCUCUGUGGUGGGAGUCCUCUCACAAGAACGAGUGCCCAGAGUGCCGGGAGAAGUGGGCAGGCUUUCCUAAAAUCAACAUACUGCUGAGGGAUGCAACUGACAAGCUGUUCACUGAGGUGGUUCAGCGGAGGAGAGCGGAGAUCCAGGACAACCCCAAAAUCUCCCGGAGCUUGCUGGCCUUUCAGAGGUAUGGUGACAACUUGGGUAGAUCCAAGCCAAACCAGCACAAAGGAGCGGGCUUCUUCUUCUCUGGAGUCCUGACGGCACUCACGUGUGUGGCUGUGAUGGUGCUGGUGUACCACUGGAGCAGCGGGGUGGUGGAGCAGCAGGACAUGUUGAUCAGUAAACCUGUGUCUCACUGGACGCCGGAGGACGUGGUGUCCUGGCUGGAGCUCCUGGGGCCCUGGGCUCAGCUUUACAGAGAGCCCUUCCAGCAGGAGAGCGUCAACGGGAGAUGCAAGUUUUUCAGUCUGACAGAGACACCAGAGAACUAUACAGUUGUCCUUGACGAGGAAGGUUUCAAAGGUCCCAGAAGAGGACAUAGUGAGCGUAACAGACAUGCUCCAGCACCAGAGGAAAGACCCAGCAGCCAGUUGAUCUCUGACGUCCCGUCUGAGCUGGAUGACCCUCGCCUCUCACUCCAGCGGCCAAUGGUGGCACGGCAGCAGGAGGAGAGGCUAACCCUGUGCCUAGACUAG